UUCUCCACCCUCCGGCUUUCAUGUUCAACCGAAUAUACGCAGACUCGCACCCGGAGAGAACGCAAAUCCCGAAUAUUCUUCACGCGUACAACCGCAGAAGUAUCCGACGGGGGAACGGCAACAUCCCCGUCGGAUAUUUACAGUUGCUGCUGCUGCUGCUGCUGCUAGCUCGAUGCGGGGCUCGCGGCUGGGUUAGCGGCGGGUUCAGCUGCAUUGCUAGCCCCGCAGUGCAGCGGCCGGCCGGCCGGGGCGUGUUUCGCACCCAGGCCGGGAACAAAUACAACCUCGUCGGCUUGUUUUCCAAGAGCUUCGCGGGUGGAAUGCAGGUUCCUGAGACCGCCAAAAGACAAAAACCCGGCCAUGUUGUCCUCGUGAGAGCAGGUGGGGCUACCUGGCCCGAAGGUGCAAGGAGGAGGAGCCUGCAGCUCUUAGCCCCUCCCCUUUGCUGAGACAAGAGACGCACAAGCAGGUGUGUCCAACCCCUCCCUCUUCUUCUUCUCCUCCUCCCCCGCUCCCCUCCUCCUCCGCCACCAUGACGUGGUCACCUUGCUGGUGGAGAACGUGAAGAAGUCUGGAAGGCAACCCUGCUCAGCCGGGGGACUCGGAGCUGUCCCUGCUGGACCCGAAAACCCUCGCAGAGUGCUGGUCCCCAGAUGGCUUGAUGCCUGAGAGCAGCUACUGGCAGCUCUGCCCUCCCUCGAAGUCCAGCCUGCAGGGGGGGUUGCUGAGCUCUAGUUUCCCUCCCGGCCCCGUUCCCCUCGUGCCGCCCGAUGCCCAACUUCAGGAGGGGGGCGACCCCCUGGACAGGCCCCCCUCUCAGCCGCAGCAGCACCGGCCCCUGGCGCCCAGCACCUCGGCGUCCGAGCUGUCCCUCCCCGGGGCCGCGGCGCCUCCCGGCCCCGCCCCGCCUCCCCCUCCUCCCCCGCCGCCCAAACGGCACUGUCGCUCUCUGUCGGUCCCGGAGGAUUUGUCGCGCUGCCGCUACACGUGGCGGCCGAGCGCCUCGCGGGUUUGGACUCCCGUCAGUCGCCAGCAGCGCCACGGGGGAGCUGGCGCUGCUGGGGUCGCGGGCGUGGCGGCGGGGGGCGGCGCCUGUCCGCUUCGCGCCCCGAGCUCCUCCCUGAACUCGUCCCUGCACUCCUCAUCCAGCCCCACCUUCUUCAGUCUGGCACUUUCUCCCGACUCACCGCUGCCCUGGAACUUCCCCUGGGACCCCAGCGAGGCGGCAGCGGGGGGCGGCGCCUGUUGUUGUUUCUUCCCCUCGCCGUCCUCGUGCUCCUCUUCACCCUCCCCGCUCCACCCUCCGCCGCCUCCCCAGCGCCGUUUCUCCCUCUCUCCCGUCCUCAUCAGAGACUCGGCGGCCGCAGCCUUCCUGCCCCCGCCUCCCGUUCCCAGCCAAGCGGCCGCCCCUCCGCCGGGCUGCUGCGCGGCCGGCGGCGCGGGGGCCCCGGUGCCCGCCUCGCCCUCCUCGGCGUGCAGCACGCCUUCGUCCCUGCGUCGCAGCCUGCCUCCGCAGCUACCGCGGUGCCACUCGCAGCCCUGUGACCUGCUGCUGCUCAAGCCGGGCUUGAAGAGGCGGCGCGACCCCGACCGCCCCUGCGCCCGCCCCGUCCUCGACUUCACCAAGAUGACUCAGACCCGCAGCAUCGACCCGCAGUAUUUGGAGCGUGGCGGCAGGCUGGCCUGCGGCGGCGACCUCUUCAUCGGCAUGGAGACGUUCAUGGGCGACUUCCGGGGCUCCUGCUCGCCGGCCGAAUGUCUGGGCAGGUCCAGCAUCGGCCCGCUGAGCGAGAGCGACGAGGAGUGCCGCGAGGACGACGACGGCGAGGAGGACGAGGACGCCGAGGAUCGCGAGGCGGCGCAGCAGCAGGCCGUCUUCGAGAGGGAUUGUACAGAACUGGACUUGAAUUUAAUCGAAGAAAACUGAUGGGUUUGUAAAUGGAAGGCCGACCUUGUUUUUUUUUUUUUGUAUUUUAUUUUAUUUUUAGAUCAGAUUGAUUUGUUUUUAAAAUUAGAACAGUCCCGACUCUCACCCCCCUCCCCACCGUGCAGCCACCCAGCGAGGCUCUCAGGAACACCUCCCAUUGGACGAGCUGGAGUAAGUCUCAGCGGAUCGAGCGCGACGGUGAUGAUGUGACUACUUCCUGGGAAGACUCGUCCCCCUGCUGUCGGAAAACCUUCAAAGCGAGGAUGAGCCGGUCGCCGGCGGUCCGUCGCCGCGUCUUCCGCAGCUGCCGAGUCCCCCGACAGGGCGCUCGCUUGACGCGCCGCGAGGUCCACCUGAAACAUCGCCAGGUCCGCUAUCUCGCGUGCUACAAACCGCCGGAUCGGCCGUCCAGUCUUCCUCGAGGCUCAGGUUAGACAAAUUAGAGCAAACUCGCUUAAUUGCUGCAUUCAAACCUGCUUACAAGUAAGAAAUCUCACAAGGCGCUUAACUUGGUGUCCCGUCUGGAAAUUAUAUUAAUAUUACUGCAAAUCACUACGAUAAUUUGAACAUCACCCCUUACUUUGCCCAAGUGCAGGUGUGUGACCGUGUGUGACAACAGAACUGCACUUGGCCAGUGAUUCUUCCACAUCAUCAAGUCUUCAUAAACCACUUCAAAAUGCUAGAUGGUCGAUUUAUGACAAGCAGUCGAAUACUUUUCAAACUUUUGAGGCCAAGUACCACCUAGUAAAUACUGAGCACACCGGGUAUUAACGACGCUUGACUUACGUAGUCGGCCUCAAACCCCUUAAAUGUAAACUGACCGGAAGCCACUGUACGUACAGUUUAAAUGUUAACGCUGCUCUUAAAUACAGAAUGUUAAAAAAAGACUUAAAGCAGGGGUGUCAAACAAAUUGUUGUAGUUAUGACUUCCCUCGGAAGGCCGUUAUGAUUGUGAAAAUCUUUCGCCUUGUCGUAUUCGCACGUGGAAUUUAUCAACUCGUUUUGAAUCAGAAAUCAAGCGUGUCGUUCAUGUUUGGUAACACAAAAAUGCUUGCGGUAUCUCAACUUUAUCAUUUAUGAUAGGGCAAUUUGAAAUUUUGUCACAGAUUAUCACAAAAAUCCUCAAAGUUGAUACACAUGAUUUCCCUUUGCGGGCCACAUAAAAUCAUGCGGCGGACCGGACUUGGCCCCCGGGCCUUGAGUUUGACACCUGUGACUUCAAGAGUAAUUCCUUGAAAAUGUAUUGCAUUCAAAAGUUACAAACGUGCCUGAAAUGAGUUAUAAAAAUGUUUUUAUAAGCAGCUCAGAAAAUUGAUAGGUAAAGGUUUCUUUUAAAAUUGACAAGUGCGGUACGGUGAGUCAACUGGUAAAGCGGUGGCCUCACAGUUCUGAGGACCCGGGUUUGAUCCCGGCCCAACCUGUGUGAAGUUUGCAUGUUCUCCCCGUGCCUACGUGGGUUUUCUCCGGGCACUCCGGUUUCCUCCCACAUCCCAAAAACAUGCAACAUUAAUUGGGCACUAAAUUGCACUAAGGUGUGAUUGUGAGUACGUCUGUUUGCCUCUAUGUGCCCUCCGAUUGGCUGGGAACCAGUUCAGGUGUACCCUGCCUCCUGACAGCUCACAGCUGGGAUAGGCUCCAGCACUCCCCGCGACCCUCGUGAGGAUAAGCGGCAAAGAAAAUGGAUGGCUGGAUGUAUGUGUAUGUCAGUGACGGUGUCUAACGGCACUGCACUUUAUAUGAGUAAAAAGUCUUCAAGUUGUCCGUUUUAUACAAUGCAGCAUCUGAAAUAUGAUAUUAUCCUUAAGCUGUGUCACGCAGUCGAGAUUGCAGCACGUUUGCUCUAAUUGAUCUGAACUGAGCCUCCCAAUAGUUCAUUCAAGGGAGAUUGGAACAUUUUUGCACCACUUAUUAAAAAAAAAAAAAAAUAGUAAUAAUAAUCAUCAGUUGUCCCACGCGGGUGUGGCGAUGCGUUCAGGUGCACCGCAGAGCUGCGUCAGCGUCGUCCCUCCCCAGUAGCCAACUGAAGCUGUCGUGGUCCCGAGUCUUCACAAUUUCCUGUCACCUUCACUGCGUGUGUGCGCGUGUGUGUGUGUGUGUGUGUGUUAAUAAAUUCAUACGAGACUCAUCUGGACAACAACAUUCGACACAAUUUAAGGACAAUCAUAAAAAUGAAUUUUUUGGAAUGUCUUUGAAUGAGUGUAUAAGAGAACCGAAUUUAGGAAUACAUUACUGUUGUGAAUGUGUGGCUUUUGAUUCUAGAUUUUCAUUUUUGGGGAAAGUACUAAAACGUGCACGAUGUUCAACAACACGCAUUCACACACACGCACGCACACACACGUAUAUUAAAAAAGUUUUCCACUUCUCUCCUUUCGGUCAAUGCCCAACGCAAGCCUUAACAAAACAUUGUGUAAAUCCAAAUUUUAAAAAUGGGGGGAACGAAGGAAAAACACGGGAAAAAAAGGAAGCGUGUUUCUCUAUUCCUUCAGUUCAUUUCAGAUUUUUUUUUUUUUUAAAACAUUUUUCAUCGGGCAUAUGAGGUCGUCAACACCAAAAUGAGACGCUUGAGCACGAUGGACAAUGAGCUGUUAUGAACAAGUGAGAAGAGAACACGUCUUUUAUUAUUAUUAUCAUCAUUAUUGUUAUUAUUGUAUGUGUUUAAAAAAAAAGAAAUGACAAAAUGGCAAUUUGAAA